AUUUAUCAUAAAAUAUUUUAUUAUGCAGCCAUAAAAUUAGUUUUCAUUAUUUGGAAAUGUGCAAGUGAAUGAAGCUGAAUAAAAUAGCGAAGUGAAGAAAAAAAGAGAAGAAUUUGCAACAGAAAUCAGGUCUAGGGAACGAAAUUCUAUAAUAAACAAUAAAAGAUUAGCUUAAAAUGUAGCUCAUAUUGAUUAUAUUAUUUUAGAACUAAACACAAAAACUUCCUGAAUCCUAACCAUUGAUACCAUCAACUCUUCCAUAAGAAUUGUAAAUGGCAUUAAAAGCUCAACAAGAACAUCUAUAAAAAAGACAAUUUUCAUUUGAGGAUUUUCCUGAAGUUCUACAAAAGAUCUUUUCAACAGAUAUUUUAUAAUUACACUAUGGAGUGACAGGAUUAAGAAAGAUGUUAUCUGUAGAAGUAAGAUGUAUAUAGAAAUAAUAAAGUCAGGUGCGCCAAUAUAGUAGGUGAUUGAUGCGAAUUUGGUACCAAAAUUAAUUGACAUAAUUUAAAAAGAAUAAAUACCUCAAUUGGUCUUAGAAGCAGCUUGGGCCUUGACAAAUGUAGCUAGUGGAACAACUUAAUAAACUUAAUCCAUAAUUGACAAAGGUGGAAUAUAUUUAUUUGUGAAACUUUUAAGUUCAUAAUAUAAAGAUAUUGCUGAAUAAGCAGUAUGGGCCAUAGGUAAUAUUGCAGGAGAUUGUACACAAUAUAGAGAUCUAAUAUUAAGAGUAGGUGGAGUGGAUCCUUUGAUAGCCAUUAUGUAAAAUGCUUAAAACAAAAACACUAUUAAACAUUGUACUUGGUCUUUAAGUAAUCUUUGCAGAGGAAAACCAAUUCCUGAAUUUAAGGUAUUGAUUUUAAUAUAUAUAAUAAUAGUAUGUUAAGAAUGCAUUACCAGUCUUUUGUAAAGUCAUAAUAGAUGAUACUGAUCCAGAAGUAUUGACAGAUGCUUGUUGGGCAUUAUCAUAUUUAAGUGAUGGAGAUAACAGUAGAUUAUAAACUGUUAUUGAUUCACAGGUGGUUCCAACUCUAAUAAGAUUGCUUGAUCAUUCAUCUCUACAAUUGGUGAUACCAACUUUAAGGAUUUUAGGAAAUGUUGUAACUGGAGAUGAAGUCUAAACAACAUAUGUAUUAAAUUAAGGUUUAUUAUAAAAAAUACCUAAGUUGCUAUCUCAUGAUAAGAAGGCUAUCAGAAGAGAAGUAUCAAUAUUUUAUAUUUAAGGCAUGCUGGACAAUCUCAAAUAUCACUGCUGGUAGUAGCAAUCAGGUUAGUCAAGUGAUUAGAGAUUCUGCUAUAUUGGAAAAACUAUUCACUUUGAUGACCACUGAUGUUGAAGAAAUUGUGAGGGAAGCCACUUGGGCCAUUUCCAAUUCAACUAAACAUGGAAGCAAUUAAGAUAUCUAAUUGAUUGUUUAAAAAGGAUUGCUUAAUGUUUUCAAACAUCUAUUAGAAGGUGAAGAUACUCAAACUAUGACUGUAGUUCUAGAAGCCAUAUUCAAUGUCUUGAAAAGAGGUUUCUAAAUAUUUUUAAGAUUUAGGUGACUAAGAUUUUAAAGAGGACAAUUAUUACUUAACCAAAUUAGAAGAAAUGGGGGUCAUUUCUAAAAUUGAACAAUUGCAAAAACAUUAGAAUCAGGGUGUCUAUCAAAAAUGUUUUAACAUUUUAGAACAAUAUUAUGAAGCAGAAUCAGAAUUAUGAUAU